AAAAUUGUCAAGAUUUGUGAUUUUAAUUUUAAAAAUUGCAAAAAAUUAUAAAAACAAAAUAAAUUAAAUUUUUUUUUUAUUUAUUUCUCCCAUCCCCCUCUUUCAAAAUAAUACGUCAUUUGUUUUUUUCAUCUCUUAAAUUUUGUUAUUUUAAUAAGCAACAUGAUGGAAGAAAGUAAAGAAGAGCUAGAAUAUACUCCAGAAGAUGUUAUUAUAAUUUCAGAUCAAAAAAGUUUAAUUGAAACAUUAAUUAAAAAUUUAGGAAUUUUACGAUCGGAAAUUCGUCAUUGCAAUCUUAUUGAUUCCGAAUUUGAAACAAAUCUUGAACUUUUUAAAGAGAGUAACAAUAAUUUAAUUAUUAAAUUACAAUCUCUAAGUUGUAUUUCUGAGCAACAAAUAAAUAGCGAAAUGAAAAAUAAAAUAAGCGAAUUUGUUGAACAUGUUUAUCAAUCUUGGGAAUUUAUUAAUAAACAAAUAAGUGAAGAAUAUGCAAAAUUUUUUGUUGCCAGUCGUACUGUUUAUGGAGUUGCAUUAACAUCACUUUUACAUCAGAUAAAAAAACAAGUUGGAGCUAUUAAAAUUUCUCUUAAACUUGGAGAAUCAAUUUAUGACAAAGAAUAUAUUAUUAAAGGACACAUGUAUUGUUGUGAAUUGACUAAAUUAUUAACUCUACUGGAGGGAUGUGAUGAAAAAGUUCAACAAUAUUUAAUGAUUUCAAAGUCUAUUAGUAAUAUACAAAAACUAAAUUCAAUAAUUGAUCAUUUUUCAAUAUCUUAUAAUUUAUUAACUAAAAAUAAUUAUAACGAGGACAGUAAAGUAUUUAAUGAUUUUCUAUUUAAACUUCUUACUGGUGAAAUUUUUGGAUGGGAGCCAGUAAAUCCUGACGUAAUAUUAAAAGAAAAUAUUCCUAAAAAACCUGUUUUUAUAACAAAAAAUAAUAAUCGCCGUACGCAGUUAAAAAGUUUACAACAUUUGCCAUUGUUUCAUUAAAUAAAAAACAACAAAAGAUGUAUAUUUAUUUUAUUAAUAUGAUUAUUAUUUAUUAAAACAAAACUUUUACAAUUAUCAAUAAUAUAACAGAAAUAACUCUAUUAUUAUUAUUAUUAUUAUCAUCAUUUAU